AUUUGUUUGUUUGUUUAUUUAUUUAUUUACUAAAUCAACUUGUAUACUCAAUAUGCCAAAUGAUUUCGAUAUAGAAUUUAAUGAGGAAUGUAUUAAUGAACAUAAUCGUUUAAGAGCUUUACAUGGAUGUCCAGCAUUAAUCCUUAAUUAUGAAUUAGCUAAAGAUGCACAAAAAUAUGCAGAACAUUUGGCAAGUGUUAAUGAACUUGAACAUUGUACAGAUACUGAUUCAGGAGAGAAUUUAGCAUUUUUUACAACGACUGCAAUAGCACAGAAAAAAGAUUUUACAGGCGCAGAUGCUACGAAAACAUGGUAUCAAGAAAUAGAAGAUUACGAUUUCAAGAAGGAAAAUCAAUUCCCUUGUGGACAUUUUACACAAGUAGUAUGGAAGUCGACUAUAACAGCUGGAUUUGGUAGAGCUUGGUCAAAGGAUCGUCAUAGUAUUUAUGUUGUCGGCAGAUAUGAUCCACCUGGAAAUUUUUCGGAUGAAUUUCUCGAAAAUGUCCCACCCUUAAUUAGUAAGUAGAAGUUAUCUUGAUUUAAACAAAAUAACCUUGACGUGUACAAAUAAAAAAGGUACGACAGAUCAUUCUGAAUAUCGGUCAGCAACCAACCAGCUGUGACUCACGAUCAAGUCGUUUGAUUUGUAUAUCUCUGUACUUGUUUUUAAUGUCAAUAAUAAAGACAGUUCACAUAAUUUAAAUAUAUCCUAAAUUUUG